AUGGAUUUCAACUCAUGGAACAUUUUUUGGAGUUCGGCUUUUGGACUGUUAGCGGUACUGAUCAUUUUGGGAAACUUCUUCUCCAUCUGCGUAUUCCACCGAAAGAAAUCACGCAAACGAUCUUACUUUCUACUAAUCAGUUUGGCUGUUGCUGAUUUAAUGGUCGGAUUGUUUGCAAUUCCACUUUUUAUAAAAGGGAGCAGCACGGAACAUUCUUAUUUGUGGCGGCUCGUGUCAAAGUCUUUUGACGCUUUCAUUGGUUUAACGUCCAUCUAUACACUAGCAGUCAUUUCCUUGGAGAGAUUGUUUGCCAUCGCAUGCCCUCUACGCCACAGAACUCUGACAUCUCGUAAUUACAUCUACGCUAUUGCCAUACCGUGGAUCGCAGCAGCAGUUUUCAUUGCUGUUAUUAUUCUUAAACCUAAGGGGAGUGUAAAACAUUUAAGCUAUAAGUUUUUUCCUUUCCUCUUUCUGAUCACGCCAUUGUUAACCAUGUGUGUCGCGUAUUUCAGUAUUUGGAUCAAACAGAAAUCUACGAAGGGAAUCCGAAAUCACAGAGCUGCAAGAGAAUCAAAAUUAGCCAAAACUUUAUUUUUGGUAACAGGAGCUUCUCUUUUAACUUGGACUCCAUUUCAAAUUUUGAAUAAUUUGGUUUUGUUUCAAGUUUUUCAGAUUUCUUUAACAGUUUUCUACCUGAGCAAGAUUUUACAGUUUAGCAACUCGCUUGUGAACGUAGUAAUUUAUCCCUUAAGAAUUUCAGAAUUUAAGAAAACUCUCAAGAACAUAAUUCAUUGUUGUAGGGAUGCAUCUCAGAGACCUACAACUGCACGCUGCCAACCAGUUGUUCGUUUGAACAAAAUCACUUAAUUGUGAUGUUGAACAGUAAAUUUUACACAGAGUCGGGGAAUUUGAAUUCUCAAUAGGUUGCCAAUAACAGAAAAAAGUGAUCCAUAUUAUAGUUAUCUCCUAAUUACAAGAAUUUCAAAAUCAAAGCAAUUUUUCUAUAGUGAAGAAUAUCCCGAAUUAAUCCAUGAAGGUGUACUUGCGUAAUAAAUCGACCUUAAACUUAUUCUGCGUGGCUAGUUUCAAAUGCGUUUUACAAAUUCGGGGGAUAUCAGGCAAAUAUCGUGCCUCAAUUGGGCAGUAGUGAGGAUUGUUUCAUUUCCAUAUAAAACACCCGGAAAGGGACUCUCCAGCAUCACCAUAUGAGGAUACAACCAUCCCACUGCCGUGGAUAUUAACUCCUGAAACAUGUUCUGGAGAUUAUGUUUUGGAUUUUUAUAGUAGUUCAAAGUUUGUCUCGAAGCCAAAGAGUAGCUUUGUCGCUUACUUGGUCAUAACGUCCCACUAUUAUUUGAGAGGCACGGGUUUAAAUCAUGUCGAAACCCGAAUUAGUGGCCAUAUAUUCUGGCUACUUCUACCUAUUUUUUUUGAUCGCAGCUCACCUGCGAGAAUCGUUUCUUUUUCCGAUACCAUCCGCAGGGCAAAGUGCCAUGUAUUUAUUUUAACUAUGAUAGUUGACUGAAGUAUUUGGCGCUUUGAGUUUGUAGCUUCAAAUACACAUUGUGACCCUGAAGGAAUAAGUAAUUUAAAAGGGUACAGCCUGCAGCUGGCGAUUAGUUGCACAUAACCAUACACUAUCUCAACCUUUUCGAUUUUUGGCUUGGUGUUUUAACAACAAUCGUUUGAGCAGUUUCCUUCUCUCGUACAUGCCUUAUGCGAUCGAUACGAUGCUCAGAUAAAGCUGCAGGAAUUAUUUCGAAAACUAGAGGCCAAAACGCUAGAAAAUGAAAUAAUAGUGGCGCGGGAAACCGCUCAUUCGAUGGUUUAAGGUAUGAUACGAGCGUACAUUUUGCUUAUUUCCCAGAAUCUUUCCUUGCCCAAACAGGACUCAGAAAUACCACGCAACUUGCUAAAUAUCCGCGCGUAUUAUAUGCUGAACCGUCAAGUAAGAUGUUUAUUUUCUAAAAUACGAUAUAAAGGCCGAAUACCAGGGUUAAUUUAAUUCGACUCCAGCUAUUUAAAUAACUUGUGCUGAAGAAGAAGAUUUUGAUAACCUUCCCUGGCCACAUUCACAAGUUAAUAAAUUUAUAGCCAUAGAAGUGUUUAAAAAAAAAUAUUGGCUUACUCUAGAAUUAGAAGGUUUCUCUGGCGAAGAUUCCGGAUAUUCCGCGCAGCUGUUAACAAAACAAAAGUAAAUUUGAGGCUUAAAACAAGUCAGGAUAAUCUAUUCAAUGUGACAAAAUGUCAGGAAACUGUCACAAUCAACGGUGCAUGUAAGCUGCGAAGAGCGGUUUAAUUUUUUUGUUAUUUUUUGGUUAACAGCUCAGCUGUCUUAAUUAACUUUCAACUUAGAUACAACAUUGCAGUAGUAACACUACGUAAAACACUUCCAGUAAUUACGAUACCACUGAAUGCUUACGUUACUUACAAUACUACCCCUAUUACUAUUUAUACAAAUCGAUUCACUCGUUAAAGACUACUUACAAAAUGAUUUUUCUCUUAAGUUAGCCUACACUACAAGUUAUAUGAUGCUUACACUACUUGCAUUAUAUCAUCAAAACAAAACAAAAUCUUUUUGGGUCCAAAUCAAAAAAAUGGUUGUAUAGUCUAUGAUUUGAUGUAAGGACUAUCAUGUUUCCCUUUACAUUUUCUCACUGCUCAUUUGUGAGUGCCAAGAGACACCGAUACGACUGCUAGGUCCUCUCCAAAUGAUUCUCUCAUCUUAGCGCCUUAGACGAACGACUGGUGAACGGGUGAAGAUAUCAUGAUGGAUGAUUUUUACUAAAAAAAACUUAAGGGAAAAAACGUUUUCUUCCCUGUUCGAACUCCAAGGACCGAGUCAGAAAUUCACAAAUAGAAUGGAUGUAAAAUAUGUCUCACUUUAGAUAUAAACAGGAAAAACCCUAUUUUUGAAUAUUAUUAAACUGUUAUUGCGUUUUGACAAGCUCCUGUCACCAUUAAUGGAUUUUACCACCAGCUAUCGCAUGAUGUGUAUUGCUGUGUAAAUAUCAUUCGCAAGGCGGAAAAUAACAUGAAAACUUCCCUAGAACAACCACACUAGUAAUAAGCGUUUUCCGCAGUUGCUGUUGCUUACAUGUCUCGGCCAAAAAAAAAUUCUUAGUAUCGUGACAUAAAGUCACUCAUCGCCGCCGGAAUGAUCGAGGUCUUUGGCUCUGAAUAACCUAGAGUUGUUCACACAAAAGGAAAAAGAGGAGAUUUUUCACCUUUUCCUCGAUGGGAGGAAAAAAAUUCAUAGAGCGCUGACGGCGUUGACUCGGCGCAAAAAUCCGCAGGAUUGUUCCACGAAACCUCCUUCGAAAAUGAAUGUCAAUCUGUUGUUUGAUUUCGCUUUUGUUUGAAAGUUAACGCGCCUUUCGUAGAAAGAAAUAUCACAUCGGAAAUUUCAAGCUUUCAGAGGGUGUAGAAAAAAAAAAAGCCACGGCACAUCUGGAAAAUUACUAACACGUCUAUGACGGUUAUAAAAUGGUAGAAUAUUUUCUUCACUAAUCGAAAUGCGGAGGCCAACCAGUUGAAAGCGAAUAAGUGAUUCUGACUAUUUCUUUUUAUAUCGCUGCUUCGUUGCCUUUCAGGAAAUUUCAAAGAUUAAGUUGUUUUCUGUAAUUGAGUUGAGCAGCUUUUAAAAUGGAACGAGUGAUUAGAGUGAACGAAUUAAUGGUUUUCUAAUACUUAUUAACGAGUAACUAAAAAUUGUACAAAGCAUUUACCAUACCUCCCCUUAUAAUCAUUAUCAGAGAUUUAAAGAACUUUAAAUUGUAUUUUGAUAGGUUCUUAACCUAGGCGCCAUAAAGCCUCCUUUUACAGUCAUUUCAAAAUGUUUCCAAAGUUGUCGCUGAAAAUCAUGUUUCUGAAGUCCCGUACUGGUGAACUGUGAAGAGUGCUAUUUCCGGCGUAAGGAAGAAGUCACGUGUCAGAGCUUUAAUUUCGUCAUUGGUCAAAACAUCUGUGAACAGAACAAUAGUCCAAAGGAAGCAAGACCGGAAGAUUUCAAUCCGGAUCAGAGGAGAUUUUACAUGCAACGUUUUGGAAACAGAGGUACACCUUGACCUACCCAUAUGCGCUUCGGUUUGGUACAGCGACCGGACUUCUGCUUCUCAAGCCAUCGCGUUGGAGCAGCAAGGAAAGAACUUUCAGCCGCUUUGGGGUCGUUUCUAUUUACCUUUGUUUCUGGAAAUAAAACCCAAGCACGUUUAACGACAAGGGUGUUGAAGUCCUAAAUGUGAUAACUGUCCUAAAUGUAAUAAAGUCCUAAAGGUAAUAACAUUUGGUCCUAAAUGUAAUAAAGCCCUAAUUAAAAUAACGUUCGGUCCUAAAUGUAAUAAGCCUCCUAUGCAAUCGUUUAACAGCGCUAACUUUGAGAUGUUAAAGUGACAGCUGUUGCACCAAAGAAUCCUCUGACCAAUAUUCAUCGAAUAUUGCGGGCUCGCUGCUAUUAUCAGCGUCUUUUUAUUUGCUAAGACGUAGGUUGAGAAGCAUUGGCUACAAAACCUUAUACUGAUGUGCUUUUGGCAUCAAUUUGACGGACGCAAAAGCAAUGAGAACGCUGACCAAUAGCUCUCUUUAUAUCAUUGGCUCAGACUCAUAAGUGUUACAGAUUUUGACGAUAUGCUAGUGUGAUCAGUGCUGAAGUUAACACUUCAUGAACCGAGUUACAAGGAAAAGGAAGUCCACAGACUUAUACGUUAGACAAAUUCCGGGCUCGGAGGUGCAAUUUUUGUACUGUCUUCCCUUGCCAGAUUUGUACGGGCCUGCAUAAAAUAUAUUCAUAUGAGUUAUUGACCAAGCGUGAGGUCAAAAUGGCUGGAUAUUGGCCGAGUUCUUUUUUUUUUUUUUUUUUUUUUUUGCGUUUUUGAGGACUGAGACGAAGUACCUCUCGGUCCAUAAAAAAGUGGAGAAAGAACGGGGCUAAUAUCCAGUCAUCUUGACCGAACAAGCUUAGCCAAGAGAGUUUAUAUUCUCCUGGCUUAAUCAUUAGAGGAUUCAUUGUAUAGCAAAAGAUUUCGCCUUGGUAAGAAUCAAGAAUGGCUUGUUCAUUUCGAGAGCCGAUAGUGAAAGGCAACUGCGUUUGCAGCACAAUAAACCCAAGAGGGUCGUUUAUUUUUUUCUAUGUAUUUACCGACAUUGUCCAAAAGUUACGACUUUUGUAAGUUUGUAAGUUUUCUUGCGCGGAAUCAAUACGGGGAAUCCCGAGCGGGUGAGGGUGGGCCCAUCACGCCCGCUCAGGUAGCCAAUAAGAACACAGAAUUCACUUCAUCUUGACUGCGCGCGCUGCUAGCUAUAUGAUAAAGGACACGACAGGACGGAAAAAACAUGUACUGUAAGUACCUCCCGUUGUCCCAUACAAAGCCUUAGAAAAGUUCUCUGAGGCUUUGUAUGGGACAACGGGAGGUACUUACAGUGCACGCGUUUUCCGUCUUGUCAUGCUUACAGAGCAAGUUAUCUACUGACCGAUCAUAUAUUAUCCCAUUUCACGAUCACAUGGUCAGUUGAUGGUCCAAUGAAUCAUUCAUUUUUUUUCCUGUAGCCCCUUGUGACGGGUUCAUCAGUUCCCGGACCGAAAUAUUGGGAAAACUUAUAUUUUACAGUUGAUCUAAAGUUUAUAUUUCACUUUUUGUCUUCAUCUCUUCUCCCUGUGCAAAGCACGGGACCUCAAAUUUUUCUGGGAUGCGGUCCAUAGCGUUUCAUCGUCAGGUUUACAAUAAUAAUACUGACGUUGCACAUCCAAGUCCGGCUCAGCCUUUCGGUUUCCAUUUGAGAAUUAUCCGUGAGCUGUGAAUCGUUUCGUGGUUCUGCUGUCUUCGUCGAAUUGAAAACUUGUGGACUGUAAUUUAAAGUGAGUAGCAACUUUCUUUAAGUAAAAAUGUUGAUGCGGUUGAAGGGCCAAAAAGAUGCGAUUGCUUCUUUGUUUAGAAUUAUGGAGGUUCCAAACUGAUCGAUGAGUUUGAAGCAAAAUGUUCCUCAGAUAUGGAAUCACAAAAAGAACCCUUUUUGCGUUGAAAGAUAACUGUUUUAUUUUCGACUAUUUCAAGUGGGGAUCGACGCUAAUAACGAUGAAGAUUUAUCCCCAGUACGAUGAAUUUGACAGAGAGAGGAGGAAAGAGGGGAAAUCAAUUUCAAUUUCAAGGGGAUGAAAAUUUAUUAAUGCUGUCGGGAUUCAAUCGUUUUUUGAACUUCACUCUCGAUAGAUUCCAACUUGGUGGCAAGGAAUUUUUCUGAGAAGUAAAACUUUCUGUCAAAUCUGCUUGUCUCGGUAAGUACAUUGAUAAAUGUAGGGAAUGCCUUAUUUCCGAGGCAAACACAUCCAUUGGAAGGCAUGAAUACAGUCAAAUCAAUGUGGUAUUCUAGUGAGGCCACAUACAUUCACAACAUAUCCGAGAACCUUAUGGGUUAUUCUAAAGCAAUUUGUCAAAUUUUCAAGUUUUCAAAUUUUCUGGGAUGCGGUCGAUAGUGUUUCAUCGUCAGGUUCACAAUAAUAAUACUGACGUUGCACAUUCAAGUCACUCAAACUUUCGGUUUCCAUCGGAGAGUUAUGCGUGAGCUGGGAGUCGUUUCGAGAUUCGGCUGUCUUCGUUGAGUUGAAAACUUGUGGAUUGCAAUUUUAAGUAAGUUGCAUCUUUAUUUGGGAAAAAAUUGUUGAUGCAGUUGAAGUUAAGCCUAAAAAGAUGUGAUCGCUUAUUUGUUUAGAAUUAUGGAGGUUCCGAACCUAUCGAGAUGUUUGAAGCCAAAUGUUCCUCAAAUAUGGGCAUAUUUCCACCAUUUGAUCAUCACUGUCAAUUGAAUGUCUUGUUCUAACAAGUUGCUUCUCGUGUUUCCUGCCAUUUUCUAGAAUGGUCAGCACAAUGGACUAAUGCCAAAACUAAAGUAAGCCCCGGUAUAAGCUUGGAUUGUCUUGAAAUGAACCAUAACGCAUGUAUGUCACGUGUUUUGGGAAUUUUUUUUCACUUCAGUUUACAAAACACGAUGAAUCUGAAGGAGUGUUGGCAAAUAAUAAUAAAAAAAGAAAGAAUAAUAACUGAUCCUUCUCUGUUGAUGCGAUGGAUUGCAUGUAAUCAUAUAAGUCUUGCAUAGAACAGUAAAAAAUACAUCGGGCAGAGUCGAAUAUAUAUAUUAAAAAUGAUUCUAGACUGUUAACAUAUUGCGUGACACGGGUGCUAAAUCUUUAACUGCAUAGAACUCAAUAUUGUCCAGACUUUCUGCCAUUCAUUUCCUUAUAGCGACACCGUUAGCUAAAAACGUGAUGUUAUAUCAAAUGAUAUGCUAAGCCGGUUUGUCCAGUCUACGCGUUUUACAUCAAAACUCGUCUGUUUGAUAAUACUAUGAUAACGAAAUCUGUGUGAAGAAAUAGCAUCAUGACGAGGCCGGCAGCUACAACGAAAGCUGGAUGCCUGUUGAACCUAUGUUGGAAACGGAAAUAUCAAUCACAAGACGAGGAUUUUUCGGGAAAGGGUAAACGGGCGUACAUGCGUGGAUGAAACGGGGGCACAUAAACGUGCUUUUUGUGUUAAUUCAGUUUUUUUAAUUCAGGGAGAAAAUCUCUUUCCAUUUCAAAGGGAUGAAAACUUUUUGAUACUGUCGGGAUUCAAUCGUUUUUUUAAACUUCUCUCUCCGUAGAUUCCAGCUUGAUGGCAAGGAACUUUUCUGAGAAGUAAAACUUUCUGUCAAAUCUGCCUGUUUCGUAAGUACAUUGAUAAAUAUAGGGAAUGCGUUAUUUCCAGGGUAUACACAUCCAUCAACUUUAGAAGGAUAAAAAUAUCGAGAAAAAUAGAUCUGAUUAGAGGGCAUCAUUUACCACGAAGACUUAUCGAAAUUUUUAUCCUUGACCGCUCUUAAUUCGCUUGCAGCCCAACACGGAAAGGGAAAAACCAAGAGGCUUUUAGCAGAUUUUUUGACAAUGUUUGAAUUUUCAAUACACGUUCGCCUUUCAACUUCAAAGGAAUUUUAAAGGAGGGUUAACCAAACAUCUUACAAUUUAGACUAAGUUCUUUUGACAUUGACACGAUUGGAUGAAAAAACUCGGACGGAGCCUAGUACGAGAAUAUCUUUUCUUCUAACGUCAUCGAGCAGUACAUGCCGUAUCAAAAUCGGUAUAAAUUUCGUAUCGCGAAGCAUUCUUUAUCAGAAUGAAAAACACUUUAAACAAAUCACUAGUGGCUUAACAAAAUUUUAAUUCUUUCUUUCACUGCAAAAUAUAUUCACGGCUGCACCAAUACAAAGUUAUGUCGCGGAUUUUGGAAAGAUUUCGUGGCAAUUGAAGUGAAAAUUAAUGAGCUGUUAUGAAUACAAAAAAUGAAAAACAAAUUUCUUCAUGGCGACCUUGAGAACCAAGGACCUAUGAAAUUAUGUGACAUCCAACCUGGAUGUUUCUAGUUAUACCAGAAUGUCAAAGCAGAACACGGACACAGUUAGGGAUAUCGAAUGGUCUCAUUCAGUUUAAAAGUACUCGCGAAAUUUGGCCUUUUCGCGCAAAAAUUACACGGGUGCUCGCAGAAUUUUUGCAACUGCUUGCAUGUUCGCAUUCUCGUUAACAUGUGCUCGAUUCCUCGAAAUUUCGUCAAUCUCCAAAAACGCUUGGUCGCGGGUUAUCAACAAAUACCCAAAAGAUUUCAUUUCUGUUAAUACUAUUUUUGCUUUUUCCCUCAGUAGAUUCGCUUUCAUUGCUUGAAGCUAGCCUAACAAUUGUUGUUUCUCUGAACAGUUUCUCAGGUAUUAUACUCAAUGACUUAAACUUCCUUUCGCUUGAACAAGUAAACGUGACUGUAACACGAUCGAUUUACCAGGAAAUUCUGAUAUCGUGAAGAGAAAGCUCGACAUGAUGGGAGAUGAUAUAAUCUCCUGUGGAGACAACAUUAAUUGCGAACCUUUGUUGAUCUAAAUUUCCAUUUAUUUGAGCAAAUUAACAGGGUUUGUAAAUAUGAUAGAUUUUCCAGUGAGCAAUGGGAAAUAGAAUAGACGGGGUCAUAAUAUUUUGAAACUGUAUUCGGAUAGCAUUUUGUGGCGGUUUUUCCAACCUUGAAAGCUUCUUGACCACUAGUAAUAAUAACUGAUAUGUGAAUAUUAAUCUCUAUUAAUAUGAAUCUAGACAUCGAUAACUAAGAGGCCUGGACUGGGCAAAGGCAGGGUGCAAAUAAGUGUUUUCCCUUUUCUGUAAGAUUGAGCAAUUUGUUCAGCAUAUAAGUCAUAAGAAUUGGGUAAGGCCAAUGGCUAUUCACCACUUUAACGCGUUUUAAUAGCGAAAUUACUUUAGUGUUACCGCUUAGGUAUCUGUGCGCGUGUUAUUAGUAAUCUUGUAAGCAAGCAAGCAAUAAGUCUAGUUCUAGCUUUAAGAAAGUUUUUGUUUCCCUCCCACCCACACCAUCGACAGUUUUGAUUGUAUCUUAAUUUGACAACUGCUCGUGCUCGCAAAAAUAAACAUACUGCUCACAUGUUCGCAAAUGCUCGCAAAGACCAUUCGAUACCCCUACAAUUGGUCGUCACCGUUCGAUGAAUGAAAGCGAAUCUAAUCUUGUUUCCUUCAAGCCAAGUACGUUUUUCUUUCCAUAAUGGGAAAUAUUGUCGCCUAAAAGUAGAACUUACUUUAGUAUAAGCAAAUACAAUUAACUUCAGAUACAUUUAUUAGUAUAGAUGGAGCUCCCCUAUUAUCGUAACUUUUUAGCUGUAUUAAUCACUUCCCAUUGCUUGUACUUAAGGAUAUAAUAAAAGUCAGUUUGGAUCGCCUGAGCACCCAGUCAUCAACGUCUGUGGAUUUUGUAUUUGCAAUACUUAAGCGUUGGAGCGUAGCGAAUGAAAACGCGAUUAGUAUAUUUUAAUUCUUUGAGUGGGUGGACAAUUUUGGGGGAAGUUAUUCAUGUCACCUACGCACUCGCAAACUAGACGAAGGAGAAAUAGGGGUACUGAAAGUUCUUUCUAUUAAAAACAGGUCAGACGAACCCUUGGUGUAAGCUACUGAGUCAAUUUGCUGGAGGUGAAAUGCUUACAGGUAAGCUAAUGACAGAAGGGAAAUAAAAGGAAAUUAUGUCAUCCGCUUAUAGGUAAGCUGAUGACAUAACUUGCUUUUUUUUUUAUUUUAAUUCCUUGAGUGGGUGGACAAUUUUGGGGGAAGUUAUUCAUGUCACCUACGCACUCGCAAACUAGACGAAGGAGAAAUAGGGGUACUGAAAGUUCUUUCUAUUAAAAACAGGUCAGACGAACCCUUGGUGUAAGCUACUGAGUCAAUUUGCUGGAGGUGAAAUGCUUACAGGUAAGCUAAUGACAGAAGGGAAAUAAAAGGAAAUUAUGUCAUCCGCUUACAGGUAAGCUGAUGACAUGACUUGCUUUUAGUCUUUUAGUCUAGUCUUUUAGUUAGUGACCACAAUUGUUGCUUCAAUGGCAACCGAAAAAGGUGUUGUGUGGAUUUUUGAAAAGUGACUUUCAAUUUGCAAGAAGAAAUCAUGGGAACGACAAGAGAUAUGCUUUCAAACAAAAAUUAUUUAGAGGUUGGGCCAAAUUUAUUCGAUCCUGAGAAUGAACAAAAACCUUUGUAGCAACUGUCAGUUCCUAGGACAGGUGCAAUAUCUUAGUAUAGACUGGAAUAAAAUGUCUCUUUUAGGUAGCGGCUUUAGGUGAUCAUGACCAUCUUGAGACUGAGGUUAAACAAAAACAUAUUCAAUUUCCUGACUAUAUACUCGUCCUCAAUUGUGUGGGCGAGUGAAGGAAAGUAAUGUGAAUCAGGUGGAAAGCGUUGCCGAAAAUCUUCUUGAAUGUUCCUAUUUUCCUUUUUGACUAGAGGCAGGAAGUGCUCGGUCUAGUUUUCCGGUAAGACUCAUUCUUUUCCAAGAGACGAGGAACGGUGAAUAUGAUUUCGUUGACUCAGAACAGUGUCUUUUAUAUAAUUUGAGUUAAUUUCAAGAAUUCGUAAAUUUAGUCUAAAUGGAACGUGCCUGAAGAUUUCUCGCAUAGCCAGUCAUCAAUGUUAAUCAAGCUUUAUUAACAGCUUAGUGAACGUGAUGGUUUAUCCGUUCAGAAUCACAGAAUUCAGGGGUAAUUUUCUCCAAAUGCCUCAUUUCCGUAUAUUUCUUUUCGAUCAUUCAGCGCCGAGGUUCAACCGGUAAACUUAUCUUUAGAGACUUUAGUCCUGAUUAGGUCAUAAUAGAGAGUCUUCUGGGUCGUGUGCGUGCGCCUCUCCAAAUCCAGCCGAACCAUGACUAAAAUUAGUAUCUAAAUAUCUCACCUUAUGCACUAGCGAUAAUAAAUAGCCGGUUUUGAAUCGAAGCAAUCGAACAUCAUUUGAACUAUUUGUGUACAGCGCUUGAAUAAAGUUAUAUUUGUGCAAAUUUACCCAUAGAGGAACUCCCUUUUAGGCAGACGUUUUAAAUUUUUUUUUCUGUAACCCAAACGUUUGGGUCUACGCUUAUGAAUUCAGGGAUGCGGAGUUAAAGAGUUAAAGUACUUCUUUUUUUCCUCCUUCGUUUAACUUUCUUUUCUUUCUUUCUUCCUUUUCUUUAUCAAUUGUUUCAAACGAAUUUUUUUUCCUAAGAUUUCAAAGCGUUGGUUGCAAUUUUGUAACAAGGGAAAUGUCCUCCGCUUCCCUUCAGUCUGAACAUAUACGUAAUAAGCUCGCUCAUUGAAAUGUAUUGCACAUAUUAAUAUAACUAACUAGGCCACAGAUCAACAAACCAACCAACUAAUCUCAAUGAGGUGGAUUACAUCACUAACCUAGGUUCGCGCACUUUUCUGUAAACAACCGCAAAGUUGUUCUUUUAUCUUUCGCAGGGAAGUAAUGACAACAAUAGCAAUAACAUGGUGACGAUGAUGAUGACGGAAGACUUUAUUCUUGUCUGAUAAGUUUAUAAUUUUUAUUUCAAUCAGGGAAAGUGAGCCAGGAGAGGUCUUAAGGAAACAAUUGCUUACAAACAUGGAUUUCAACUCAUGGAACAUUUUUUGGAGUUCGUCUUUUGGACUGUUAGCGGUACUAAUCAUUUUGGGAAACUUCUUCACCAUCUGGGUAUUCCACCGACAGAGAUCACGCAAACGAUCUUACUUUCUACUAAUCAGUUUGGCUGUUGCUGAUUUAAUGGUCGGAUUGUUUGCUAUCCCAAUUUUUAUCAUAGGCAGCACCGAAUAUUCUUAUUUGCGAUGGCUCGUGUCAACGUCUUUUGACGCUUUCACUGGUUUAACUUCCAUCUAUACACUAGCAGUCAUUUCCUUGGAGAGAAUGUUUGCCAUCGUAUGCCCUCUACGCCACAGAACUCUGAUAUCUCGUAAUUACAUCUACGCUAUUGCCAUACCGUGGAUCGCAGCAGCAGUUUUCAUUGCUAUUCUUAUUCUUCACUUUAAUGGGAUUAUGAAAUAUCCAAGUUAUAAAAUUAUUGUCCUCCUGUUCCAGACCACGCCAUUGCUAACCAUGUGUGCCGCUUAUUUCAGUAUUUGGAUCAAACGGAAAUCUACCAAGGGAAUCCGAAAUCACAGAGCUGCAAGAGAAUCAAAAUUAGCCAACACUUUAUUUUUGGUUACAGGAGCUUCUCUUUUAACUUGGACUCCAUUUCAAAUGAUCAAUAAUUUGUCAUUCAUUGAGGGUUGGCGGAUUUCCUCGACAUUAUUGUACCUAAGCAAGAUUUUACAGUUUAGCAACUCGCUUGUGAACGUAGUAAUUUAUCCCUUAAGAAUUCCAGAAUUUAAGACAACUCUCAAGAACAUAAUU